AUGAGACAAAUUCUGCAGCGGUCGGAGAGUUUGGGAAGGAUGAUGAAGUGGUCAAUCGAAUUAAGUGAGUUUGACAUACAAUAUCAACCAAGGCCCGCUAUCAAGGCCCAGGUGCUCGCUGAUUUUAUAGCAGAAAGGCUCCCCGAGUCAUCCACUAAGUCAAACGUAUGGACACUACAUGUUGAUGGGUCGUCUAACACUGCUGGAGGGGGAGCUGGAUUCAUCCUUUCAGCCCUAGACGACAGUGAAACUCUUUUCGCACUAAAGCUGGAGUUCACGGCAACUAACAACAAUGUGGAGUAUGAAGCAUUGUUAGCAAGCCUACGCUUGGCAGAAGCAUUAGGGGUGGCACAGAUCAAGGCAAUAGUUACAGACCACAGGAGGUACUUUGACAACGAGCGCUUCAAAAAGUUCUAUUUAGACCUAUCUAUUAAGCUCGUCUUUGCGUCAGUGGCGCACCCCCAGAGCAAUGGACAGGUAGAGAACAUGAAUCAGAUGAUACUGCACGAAUUGAGGACGCGACUCAAAUCUAUGCAAGGUAGAUGGGCAGAGGAACUCCCUUCCCUCAUAUGGGCAUACCACACCACUAAGAGAGCGGUAACAGGGGAAACCCCUUUUAUGCUUGUCUUUGGUGCAGAAGCGGUCAUCCCAGCAGAGGUAGGGAUACCCUCUUGGCGAAGGCAAUACUUUAACGGGCAUACCAACAAAGAAGAGCUCAGAUUAGAAAUAGACCUGCUGGAAGAGAGACAGGAUCAAGCGAGUCUAAAAGUUGCAGCGUACCAACAGAGGGUAGCAAAGUACUACAACAAUCGCGUCAAAGUACGAAAUUUCCAGCCCGGAGACUUAGUCCUAAGGAAGACGCGGAACAACCCAUCGGAGUCAGGGUCACACAAGUUAAAGCCAAACUAG